ACUGCGCCUGGGCCACCAGCCAUGGACUAUGACAAACCCAGAAAGGGCUUCAUGUCCCCCAUAAAGAGGCUGGUCUCCUCCAAGGCGGCGCGCCACCAGGCGGACCGGGGGAGCGUGCGCCGGCCCCUCCACACCGUGCCCCUGUACCCGCCGGACUACCUCAUCCACCCCGAGAGGCUCAUCUACGACUACGUGGAGAAGGAGGUCAAGUUCCUGGGGCACCUGACCUGGGUGUCCUGCUCCCUGAACCCCUCCAGCAGAGACGAGCUUCUGCAGCUACUGGACACAGCCAGGAAGCUGAAGGUGCUGCCGCUGAAGACCAGCCCGGAGCAGGACUGCAUCCUGAGCCUGUCGGCGCGCUGUCUCCUGCUCACCUGGAGGGACAACGAGAAGCUGCUGCUGCGCAUCCCCACGCACGAGAUCGCCGCCGCGUCCUACCUGAGGGACGACGCCCUGCACCUGCUCGUGCUCAAGACGGGUCUGAACGUGGACACGGUGCUGGCCGGGGACAGCCUGGAGAAGAAGUCCGGCGGCGGUGUCGAUGGUCGCCGGCAGACCAUGAGCAACGCAGACCCCCGGCCAGCAGGGGGCACUAUGGAGCGGCGCCACACCAUCUGCGGCGUGGACUGGAAGCCCUCCUCCCGCCAGAGCAGAGACAGCCAACAGCAGCAGCAGCAGCAGCAACAGCAGCAGCAGCAGCAGCAGCAGGCGGGGGUCAAGGGUGGCGGUGCGGGGGGCUCGGCCGGCGGGAGCCUGGAGCGCAAGCGCGUCUCAGGCAGCUGGGAGCGCCGGCAGACCCGGAGGGCCGGCGGGGGAAGCUGGGAGAAGCGGCCCAUGAGCGGCAGCUGGGGGGACCGGCGACCGGUAGGGGGCAGCUGGGAGCGACGCGUGCCCGGGGUCGGGGGGAGCUGGGAGAAGAGGCACGGGCCGGGCGGCGGGGGCAAGCCAGGGGGGGGUAGCUGGGAGCGGAAGCACACGCCCGGGGGCAGUUGGGAGCGCAGGCACGCCUGCACGGGGAGCUGGGAGAGGGGCAAGGUGUACGGGAGCUGGGAGCGCAGGAACCACAACCCCCUGGAGCCCACACCCUGCCCAGACGCCUACUGCAACCUGGUCAUCCUGGCUGUGGAGAACAGGGAUGCUGCCGAGGAAUACUGCGCUCUCAUUUGUCAGAUGUUCCAGAUUAUCUACGGGCAGCAGACCAUUGAGUGUGUGGACAGGGCGGGCUUCCACUACACCAUGCCUGACCGCUAUUGGCUGCAGAGAAGUGACAGCUGCUUGACAGAUAUGACAUACGGCUAUGACGCUGACUUCAGCUGCUGUAGCUCCUUCGACGGCUCCGACGCCUUCGACCCGUACUACAGCGAGACCUACAGCGAGAGCUCGUCGCUAUCCUACCAGGGCUCGCACCGGAGCCUGGCGUCGGUGCACAGCGACGGAGAGCCAAACAACGCAUGCGUGCAGCUCAUGCAGGAGUACAUGAUCACGCUCCGGAACAGGCUGAGUCCCCAGGAGAUCCAGCGCUUCGCCGUGCUGCUCCGCGAGUACCGGAUGGGCGCCGCCAUCGACGAGUUCUGCUCCGACCUGCUGCAGCUCUACGGGGACACCCGCAAGUUCCUGCUGCUCGGUAUGCGACCAUUCAUCCCAGACAAGGACGUGGGAGUCUUUGAGAGCUUUCUGGAAGGCAUCGGUAUCCGGGAGGGCGGGAUCCUCACGGACAGCUUCGGGCGCAUCAAGCGCAGCAUGAGCAGCACCUCGGCGACGGCCGUCCGCGGUUACGACAGCUGGUCCCUCCCAUCCGGCUCACAGGACUUCAACCAGCGGAUCAGUGACAUCACGCACGACAUCGAGGCCCUGGGGUUUGAGGAGGGAGACGGGGACAUUGAGGAGGAGGAUUAUUACCUGUGAGCCAGACGGGAACUGCUGUGCUGGGACUUUGUGUGUGUGUGUGUGUGUGUGUGUGUGUGUGUGUGUGUGAAUACUGUAUGUGAGUGUGUGUGUGUGUGUGUGUGUGUGUGUGUGUGAGUGUGUGUGUGGGAGACAGUGAAAGAGGGAGAGAGAGCCUGUGUGUGUGUGUAUAUAUGUGUGUGUCUGUGUGUGGGUUUGUGUGCGAUACAGACAGAGAAUAGAAGGCAGAGCCAGAGAGAUCAAAAGCAUCCGCAUGGAGAUAACUCCAUGAAAGAGGAGCUGUUUUGACACAAAGUCAAAGCAGCACUCAUCCCACAGUGCAAUGUUCCCCGUGCCUGUGUGUAUGAAUCAGAGCGUAGUUAAAGAAUCCGCUUUAGCUCUGAUAACCUCAAGCCUGUAGUAAAAACAGUGUCUUCACACACCAUUUAUACACACAGGCUCUCUCUGUGGGGCACCCACAACUGUGUAUGAUAAAUCGGCUUUUUACAUCCCAUUUGCAUCCAGUCAUUUCCAUCCAAUUUGCAUACAAGUCGAUCUACACAUCAUAGAGCCUGAUGUUGUGAAUGGCGAAAUAAUUGGAGAGAAAGCACCAGGAUGAAUGAGAAAGACUGUGAAAUUAGAAGAAAGGGUGUCUUUGUCCUAAAGGAAUUUAAACAGGGUCGAAUAGCAGAAAAGGCCACAUGCAGUUUAGGUGGGAUGGAGUGAACGUGCAAAAGAGAAGGAGAUGUGGAGAGGAGGAGAUGGAGGAAGAGAGACAGCGGAAAAUAGAGCAAGAGAGGGAGAGAGAGCAAGACAGGGAGAGGGAGCGAGAGAGGGAGCGAGAGAGCUGGGCCAUCGUCGAUGCACAGUAAUCGGGAGUGGCAUGGGGAUGGUCGACUCUGCCUGCAGAGCAUAAAUUGCCCUCCCUGGGGGAGACGUGUUAUGAAAUAGGGCAGCUCAGCCAGCAUGCUCUGUGGUGGCACCGUGACCUUCCCACAGGCCUCUGCCUCUCUCUCUCACCCCUCCAGUCCCUGCCAGCCAGAUGAGCCGCACGGAUGACUGCACAAGUCCCUGCGGGGCCAGCAAAGGGCACCUACAGCUCUGACCGUUUCUUACGUAAUCACGAAGAGAGAGCAAGCGAGAGAGAGCGAGAGAGAGAGUGGGAAGUCUCUCAUCCUAAGUUUAUGUAUCAUGAAAAAAAAAAAAUUACAUAACGUCACUGUUUGUGUAACAUCAUAAAACAAAAUUACUCUCAGAAGAGCGAAAAGAUAACAAGCGUAAACAUUCGUCAUGGAAUGAUAACACGCAAUGUCAUUACAAGCCCAGCUGCCAUUUUUAGCUUCUGUAAGAGAAGGGAGGCUCUAGCACAGAAGUCAAGUCAGCAGUUAUCAGUUGGAGCAGUGCAGUCAGUCAGGGAUAAGGGUGCCAGCCAGCCAGGCCCAGCCACGGGCUAUUUAAGAGGGUUUGCUGUGCACCGCCAGGCGCCAGCUGCCAAAGUAUCACAGUCGCACACGAGUAAAUAUCUCCUCCCGAAUCAGCUAAAAGUGUUGCAAAGCUCAUGCUUUAAUUGAAAGCAAAAAGUGCAUUAAUUGAAACAUUUUAUUUUUAAAAAAUGCAAAACAAUUUGAAAUUGUUUUAAGUAUGUGUCUCACAUGGAGGAAAAUGCAAGGAACUGACUCAUUGCUGUGGUCAUAGGUUGCUAUAGGGAAGUUAGAGGAUUUUAGAGGUGCAGGGCACCAGUAGGCUAUGUGAAUAGGUUAUACACUGGGUGAUAACUGUCAUUACAGCAUUAUUAGCCAUACAAAUUGGAGAAGCUAAUUUUAAAAGAAAGCUGAAAAGCAGUCUCUGUGAACGUAAUACUAUGAAAAACAGGUAAAAAAAAUGUAAAAACAGUUGUAGACCUUAAGUUGUUUCAUUGACUAGAGCUUCACUGAAUAAACAACAUG